AUGCCCCCAUCAAACCCAAAUAAACCUGCAACCGUCUCCGCUGCACGGCGGAAGUCGUCCAAGGGCAGCAGCCUCAUUGUCACCUUGACCCUCUCGCCCAAGGCGCUGGAGCGCUUCGCUCCCCCUUCGUCGCCGGCCAACGACGAGGUGGUCAAAGAGGAAAUUGAAAACGAGGAAUCCCCAUCAAAGGACUCGCCGGCCUCGUCGACAUCAAACACCCUGCCCGUCGCACCCAGCUCCAAUGAUGACAACAAGUCAGAGUCGACCAACACGCCCGUCCCUACCGACACCACUCCGGCGCCGUCGUCGAUGCCUCCGCCGACGGAGGGCGUGAAGAAGAAGGGCGUGAAGAGGUCUGCUGCGGUUGCACUAGGCCCCGAUGGACUGCCAAUUCCGAAAGUUAGAGGCAAGCCUGGUCCGAAGAAGAAGGCAAGAUUGGAGGAUGGAACAAUCGAUCACUCUGCCACCGCCUCUAGGGGCGCAACUGGCGCAGCCGCUCAUAAGCUUGGGCCCAAGGCGAAUCAAGGUGCAAUCAAUGCCGGCCUCAGGGCGCUCGACAGAAGCGGCAAAUCGUGCCGCAAAUGGAACAAGGGCGGCUUCUCACUCAAGAGCUUCACCGGCGUGGUUUGGGAAAUUCCACGAUGGAAGGCUCCACCAAAGGUCGUCGUCCAAGGAAGCACGGAAGAUCAGCCAUCUGGAGACAGCAGCAAGGAGAACAAGGAUAGCCAACUUGCGAGCGAGAAGAGCAACAAUGGCCUGGAUGUGGAGAUGGCGAGCUCGCCUGCUCCAUCCCUCCCAUCAGCGCAACCUACGCCUGAGGUUGCAGCAUCAGCAUAG